GUUACUGCGUUAGAGAGAGAGAGAGAAUUGCAGCUUAUUAUUAUUUUAUUGGCAUUCAUUAUUGGUGUUCCUUAAAUAUUGUUUGUUACAAACCAUAAACAUUAAUCAGUUAAAUUUUUAAUCGGUUUCCCGGCGGUGGGCGUCGUCAAAGCAAUCUCUCAUCGUCUUCUUCAACAACAACGGAACCCACUGCUUCGUGACUUUCUUCACUUCAAUUAAAUUGAGAAAGCAUUCUUAGAUAUAUUUCUCUUCUGCUCUCGAUCUUCUCCGAUCGUCCCAUUGAUCGGCCGGCACGCUCUUACGAGUUUUACGGGCAUCUAAGGCACCUUUUGAACUCACUGGGCAAAAGGGAAGAAAGGAUUCCCAUUCUGAAAUCCUGUGUGCCCAUCAAGUUUUAUUAUCCGUGACAAGCCACAAUUUUAAAGAUCUUAGGUCUGCCUUUGUAUUGGGACUUCAGAGAGAAGGUUAAAGAUUACCCAAGAAUUGCAUUUUUUGGUAUGUGAAGCUAUUUCUUUUAACUUGCAUGGUUCUUGUUAGUACAACAUGGCCAUGCUACUCGAAGGACAGAGGAGGGGUUGGAAUGUGGUGCUUUUUUCUCAUAGCUAUGCAGUUGUUUCUGAGGAUGGUAGGAUCCUUAGAACUAGUCUGUAUGAGUAAAUUUGCUAAAGAUGAUGUUGGUUGAACAUGCUAAGGGGCAUUGAUGAAAUGAAAGAUCCAGGGAAAACCCUAAUCUUCGUUCUUGUUGAUGUUAUUGCUAAACAUGACGGAUCUCAUCUGCUACAAGGUUUGAGUACCCCAAUUUGAAUUUGGAGUGGGAUGGCUGACUUUUUUUUGUGCAAAAGCAAUUUCAUGGCUUUCAGACAUUUCUGCCAGGCAACUUCCUGUAUCCCAACACCUUCAUAUUGGGAAUUUUACCUACAGUAAACCUCUAUUGUAAAACUGUAAAAAAUUGUGGGAUUGAAAUGUGAGAAUUGUGUGCUAACAGGUUGUCUGUUUGACUGAAUUAUUUGACAUGUGGGAGAGGAUUUUUCCUUCUGAAAGCUGAAGAUCUUGUAUUAACAUUUCUGAUAUUGAACCCUGUUACUCCCAGACAUGAUCACAAUCAUCUGCUGCUACUUUGUUAUGUGGGUUGAUGCUUCAAAGGAAAUCUAUGCUUUGCAUAUUUAAUGGAACAAACAUUGAUUGUAAAGUAUGACAGAUUGAAAUCUUUCGUCACUAGAUGGAAGGGUGUGUAACCUGUGGUGGUUUUGUAAGUGUUGGGGAACGUCCACUAGGUGGAGGGAAAUUUGCAAGCCCAACCUUUCCCCAUAUGUUCCUAGCUAACCUUCUUUAGUAUUCGAACAAGCCCCGUAUUCAUUGACUCUGCCAACAAAUUGAAUCUCAUCUUUCUUUAAUUCCAAAUAGAGUUGAUAAAUAGAAGGAGAAGGUGUCUUCUAAGGUGAAAUACAAGGUGUUAUGCCAUUGAAGAUGAUAAUAAAUUUGUCAUGGUGGAAGGAAGAAUAAAUAUUCCCAUUCACAUUUCAAAGUAACUUCACCCACUGCAAUGAUCGAAUUUUUAUAACUAAGAAGAUGGAGGGAAACAUCAUCUAUAUUUGCAGUGCCUUGUUACUAUCCAGGUCAGGAAAUAUGAUUGCAAUUUUUCUGCUGAAAAGGGCUGUUUUAUCAGCUAAUUUUGGAGUCUUGUCACUGGACUUGAGAAGUAGAAAAAUUUCCAAACUGGAUGUGAGGAUGGUUCUUUAUUGUCAAGUCGUCCUCUAUUGGAUGAUUUCAUGAAGUUCACUUGCCUAAGAAGCCACAAUCUGAUGACCAAGGUUUCCACAUCUGAUCCAUUCUAGGGUUUUAAGAAUAUCUCCGUAGUUGUAUAUAUUCUGUGUUCAAAUCUCAAACAAUUCCUCAUGGUUGAUUCUUGUAAGAAGACAGUCAUCUUUUGAUUAUGCAUUGUGCAACCUCUUUUGUUUAAGUGGGAGAAUUUCCUGAAAUUGUAAAAUCUGGGUGUGAUUAUAGAAGGCGGAAACUCCAAGCUCUGUACAAGGAUGGCCGAAAGAAAUCUGGGUAUUUUUUGGCAUAUCAACAAAUCGAGUCUUCUGCAGCGAGUUAUUUUAGGGGUAGGCUAAAUGAUUACCAUCAGUUUAGACCAGUGGUUCAAGUACAAAGUUCCAGAGUUGAAGAUAUAUUUGUGCAUUGUUUGAUCAUUUAACAAGGCAUUAGUGAUAUGGUUAAUGCUUUUGGUAUUCAUCUUUCCCAUUUUUCAAUCCUGUGGAAACAGCAAAGCAUUGCCCUUGCUUUAUGCUUCUUUUUCUUUCUGAAGAUAGAUCAUGGUUAAGGUACUUUCAUGCAGUAUAUAGACAAAUAAUUACUAUCUUGGUCCAAUACUUCAAGAGAGAAAGGUUGAGGUGGAUCUUUUUUUUCUCUUCUUACUACAGAACCCAAGUCAUCUUUGACUUUGUGGUGACAUUGCAUGGGGCAUAGACACUUGUUUGGCACAUCUCAAAAUUAUGUGGGGGACCAGAAUCAGAACCAGAAUCAUAUUCCUGCUGAGCAGCACUAUGUGCAUUUGGGCAGGGCUGGUCCUCCAGAAAAUGGUUCUGUUGUUUUUCCCAUUGAAAGUAUUUCAACGAGUGGAUUAACCUUUAGCUCCCAGUGGAAUUCAGCAAUGAGGUCAAAUGAGUAUCCUUCCCCAAGUGUUGGCAUGGAGGUACCACAUUAUCGACCAGCUGCUGGAGGCUCUUCUUGUGAUCCCUUUCUGCAGCCAUCAGCUGGUGGGAACUUCUGUCCAGCCUCGCAGAAUUAUGCUCACCACACAUCUUCUUCGAGCUAUUACAGAAACACAAUUCAUGGUGUUGAGGGUAGUGUGGUUAGUUCUGUUGGAAGUUCAAGAAGGUCAUGUAAAAGAAAAAUCCCAGCAACUUCUGUAGUCUGUGAGAGAGGCAGUACCAGCAGAUACUAUGGUGCUGGAAGUUCCUCUGAUCUCUCUCUCUCUUCCAAUGUGCAGCAGGAGAAGCCUAAUUUACAUUCCCAACAUUGGGCUUGGGAUCCCAUUGGCAUGAACCCCAGUUAUAGGGGCAGUAGUUUGUCGAUUGGGAAUGAAGGUUCACAAAGGAAUGUGAGAAGCCGAUCUACCCUUGAUUUGGAAGCAAAUCUACCUAGGGUCCAUUUGUCAAGCAAUGUUUCUCGCCAUCCCCAUUCUUCUGGCCGUCCAGUUGAUCAUGCUGGCAUGGUGGAUCUGGCUGGUCAUGGUGGUAAUGCAAUCACUUGGGAGUGGAGUAAUAAUCGCAUCCCUCCCACUUCUCAAGGAAGAAUUCUGGCUUCAGAUACCAGUGGCCCGACUCACGAGACCAACCAGUUUCUAGGAGUCUCCACUACUAAUGAUUCCUUAGAGCUUGGCGGGUUCCAGAAUGGUUUCAUUUCCAGCCGAAAUCCUGCUGUCCCUCCACACAAUCUUCAUGGCAACCCAACUCAAGCUGUGGGGGGUGGUCAUAGUAGCUACUAUCAAAGAUCAUCUACGUCUGCUCACAGGCCCUCUUUAGGCUACCCACGCUUGGGCCAUAAUUCAACUUCUUCAGAAGAUGGUUUGCAGUUGGCAUCCGAAGCUUAUCCUGCCAGACAUUCAAGAUCAUUGUCUACUGUAGGGUGGCAUAACAAUGACAGGAUUGGAAGGCCAAGAAUAUCUUAUGAGAGAUUCCGCUUACUUUCUGAUGAGGCAGAUGCCCGUGAAAGAUUGGUGUCUGAGGGUCUAAUGAUAGUGGAGCGCUCAGCCUGGUAUGGUUCCAGGAAUUUGCUUGAUCAGCAUAGGGAGAUGAGGCUAGACAUAGACAACAUGAGUUAUGAGGAACUUCUUGAUUUGGGGGAAAGAAUUGGGAGUGUUAGCACAGGAUUAUCGGAAGAUAUGAUUUCAAACAGUUUGACUGAAACGAUAUAUUGUUCUUCAGAUCACAACCAGGAGGAAGUAACUUGUGUGAUCUGCCUGGAAGAGUACAAGGACAGGGAGCAAGUUGGGACACUGAAGAAUUGCAGGCAUGGUUAUCAUGUGAAUUGUAUACAGAAAUGGUUGUCGAUGAAGAAUGUCUGCCCAAUCUGCAAGGCACCUGCUAUAGCAGCAGAUGAUUUACAAGAGAAAUAGCUCCUUUGCUGAUGCAUGAGCUUUGCUAUGUCCAUCUUGUAAAUAUAUUUGGAUUGAGUCCCUCUCCUAAAGGCAGGAGACAGACUAGGUUACAUUGUUUAUAUGGACUAAGGAAAUGUUCAAUUACAUUAUCAAUUAUUGACUAGAAAUUCUGUUUAUGA